GAAACGGCAAGAGUGGUUACGGGCUAGAGGUCCUCCUGAAUGCACAUUCCGGCCGGAGUUGAACUCCAAGUCGCGUAAGCUGAUCGCUAUCAAGGGCAAUGAGGACGAUAGAGAGAUUCAUGAGCGACUAUAUGAAGAUGCUAGCAGAAUCAGGAACGAACGGGAGAAGACAGAGAAAGAACA